GCCGCGUCCUUCGGCUGAUCAAGUGUGUCCUCCCGUGUGUGCGCUGUGUUGUUUACAUUGGUUUGUAUCGGUUCACCUUGGUUGUGUUCCUUCAUUCCGCUAAUGGAAAUGCCGGCCCGCUCUGAGAGCACCGAUGGGUCCGGCUCCUCAGGGCGCAAUGGCUCCAACGAUACGCUACCAGCAGCCGACACGUGGGGCUCGUGGCAUGCAGCGGGAGAGACUCACAACCGCUGUCUCCAGUUUCGGGUGAAAAAUGGCCAUGCCCGGGUGAGCUGCCUGCUCUGUGCCACCCCAAUGGGCAGCCCCCGGUGGUUGGUCCCCUUUGUUGGACGCCGGCUGCCUCGAGAGCUGGCCAAGCGUCUUACACAGGCCUCGGAGCCAGAGCAGGUCCAGGCAGCGUUGUGUGCCAGCCUACAAGCAGUGCACGACGCUUGGCUGCAGAGCCUGGAGCCAACACUGAGUCGGCGAGACGAACUCCUCCAAGCGACAGACCAGGGUCCCGGAGAGGCGUCCCUGGCUGCCCUAGAAGCAGAGCUGUCAUCAGGAUGCUCCCUGGCCCUUGCAGUUGUCAUGGAUGGCGAGCAGCUGUACGUUGCCAACCUGGGACGCACACGAGUGUUGCUGCUACACGGAGGAGAAGAACCAAAGCUGCUGACAGUGGAGCACAGUGUGGACAAUGCGGAUGAGCUGGCUCGCCUUGCGAGGCUCGGACUGGACACUGAUGCCCUCACCGAUGAAGUUCUUCCCGUCACACGUUGCCUCGGUGCACACCCACGCCGGCGACGCCUCAGCGGGUUUGUGCAUUACCAUGCGCCGUCUUGUGUGCCUGACCCAGUGUCAAACGAACCAGAAUUGUGUGGCCCGCUGGAUGUAGAGCCCGGUUGGCGACUUGUCUUCCUUUCGGAUGGCCUCUGUUCAGCCCUAAGGAUUUCAGGAAUCGCGAACCAGGAGGCAAACCGACUGGUUGCAAAGCUGGCCUUGCAGCCCGGCAGUGCCCGAGAGGCAUUGUCUCAACUGCUUUACCGUUGUGAGCUGCCGGCUAGCUGGCCCCAUGAGCUUACACUCAUGGUGGUGUCGCUCUGCGAGGAGGAGACUCCGGCUCGUGCACCUCCCAUGUCUGACGGUCGUGUGGAUCCGUACGUCGACUUCACACCCCUCAUUAAUGCCCUGGAGGCAGCACGCUGACACCGAUGUCACACCCGUUGCAGCGCUGCAAAGGUCCAAUCAACCGAGACGUACAUCGACGCGACGGAUGCUCCGAGUACGCAUGGCAUCGGAUGCACUUGUGCUGCACGGGCAUAGCUGCAACCAUAGAGUUUUGUACAAUAUUUACUAGAGGGAACUAUGGCGCUGCGAUCGUCUGGCCACCAUGGGAGUGACGGGUAGUACAUGCCUAGUGUUUGUGCUUGCAGUUUUGAAAGCACUUGUGGCUAGAGUGUACUAGAAUAGGGGAGUGGGUCUACUGGAGUGGGCGGCAAGGAGGGAGGGCAAAGCAAGAACCGCUGAAAAUUUGUAGUGGCGCUGCUGUCGCCUUCACCUGAAGCUGCCGUCUGCUACGGCGGUUGGAGCAGCGGCUGUGGUGGAGCUCGGGUGAGAGCAUCGAGCUGUCGUCUGCUCGACACAGCAUCGUCCUUGCGAAGCACUGCCGCUCGCACAUUGUUUUUACCACUUGUUCACUAGCUUCUUUCUUUUAACCUUGUAGGUGCGAAAAAACAAUAAAACUGAAGGUAACACUCUCGUUAUUGGCUAUGAGCAGGGUAUUCAGCAAAAUAAAUGUAUUGCCUUCCUUUAGUUGAAUUAUUCCCGAGACGCCGCCCAUGGCUUUGCACGAACGGCUUUGACGCAACUGCCAGGCUGCUGUGCGAGGCUGUUACCAUGGCAACAACAAUGGUACCCAUGGUAACCUUCAGGUGAAGGUGAUGGUGGCGCCGUCUGGAUUUUCAGAAAAAAAAAACGCCUCAGCGUGAAGCCCUGUGUGGACCCGCUCCCCCAUUCUAGUACACUGUACUUGUGGCUUUGUUUACUGCUGUGUUUUAGCUUUUGUUUCGGAUUAAAGAACGGCUUUGUGAACCUCGUGAGCCGAUUAGAAUUGGUGAGCCUAAAAGGGUCGAGGUGGUGAAGUGGGACUGCUGAACUUUUGCUGAACUUCGUCUUGCGACAAAGCGGCUGCACACCAGAAGGAGCCACAGGGAUUCGAUAGGGCAAAGCUUAGGCAAAUCCAUCUACUACUCAUCAUUCCCAUGCUGACUGAAGCGCCAUGCAUUGCAGCUCCCAUAGACACUAGCGCCAGAUUACUGUCAAGUGUGCUAUUAUGAAACUCUAUGGCUGCAAUUAUACGAAGCCAGCCGACGGUGAAGCCACUAAAAGCACAAGGGAAAUGUUGCUCUUUGUGUUAAACUGUAUAUUUAAUGAUAAAUGAGAAUGAAACUUGCAGUAAGGUUCUUAUCCUUAAUAAGCGAAAAAGGGAAAUAAAAAGUUGGAGAAGCGAUGCCUUCCUGCCAGUGCUAACCAAAUCCAUUUCUUAAAAACAUUGUAAUAUAAAUGCUUUGCCACUGCGCCACCUGCAAGUAACCGACACAAGCAACUGGAGAGAAAAGCCUUGUUCAGUCAUUGUCUUGGCGCCGAUGACAUAACUCGCUGAUGUUUUGUUACGUUGCUCAAGUGGGUGUAGUGGCAACAACGGGCUACGCCUACCCUUCUCCGCGGCGGAGGAGGGUAGAGAAGCCUAGCGAGAAACCGAAACCAGUGGAAGUGGCCACGAAAGGGUUGUUCUAUCCCCUGCAACUUCCUUAUUACAACACUUAUUCGUGAAAUGUUUGCUGCAGCAUAUUCACAUCGUACAAGUGUCCACUUAUCUCUUCACAACACUUGGGCCUCGGGGACCGGCCCUUUAGUACACUGCGAUGGUUUUUCAUGCCAGAGCAACAAGUUUGCAGGUUCAUUCUAAACUGGCAGUGGCAUCCCAAUGAAUGCAAAAUGCAAAAGUGCUCUUGGACCAUGCUUUAUGAUGCAAAAUACCUACGUCCAAAUUUAUCAAGAGCCAUCCACUACAGCAUCCCACAUUGCGCAGUCUAGUUUCACCAUGCUAAGCCCUGCAGUUGAAUUUCUAAUGAGAUUUAAGUUUACAAAUGCUUCAUUACAAGGAAAGAAAAGUGAGAAUUUAAGAAACAUGACUGCUAAGCCCACAUGCUUUUCUUGGCAUCGCAUGGUUGCUACUAAGACCCAGUUCAGUCAUUUCUUACUCUACAGGCGAGGUUAGUGGCAUUUAGGUGUCUAUCCGCGAAAAUACAUUCCAAGUGGUCUUGUUAAAAAUUUGCCAAUCUGAUAUGUACGAGUGAUCAUGUGCAAUUAGUGUCGCAGGCCUCCCCUGAAGUGUAUAUGUAAAUGUGCUUGCAAGUACCUGGUGACAUCUAAGUUCAACACAAGUGUAUAUAUGAUUGCCAAUAAAAUGUUUU